UGUGGGGCGACUGCACGGAGUCGUCUCCGGUGGCAGCAAACGCUACUCCAGUGUUUACGUUGCUCACGGAGGCGAUUUAAGCCAUAAAGGAGUUCCCCUGUAAGAGUCUGAUGGAGCGCUACGAGUCUCUGGGUUUGGUCGGGGAGGGCAGUUAUGGCACCGUGCUGAAGUGCCGUCACCGAGACUCCGGCCGCCUUGUUGCCAUCAAGAAGUUCAUGGACUCGGACAAUGACAAGACGGUGAAGAAGAUCGCCCUGAGGGAGAUCAAGCUGCUGAGGCAACUGCGUCAUGACAACCUGGUGAACCUUCUUGAAGUGUGGAAGCGCCGCCGCCGCUGGCAUCUGGUGUUUGAGUUUGUUGAGCGAACGCUUCUGGACGAUUUGGAGCAAAACCCGAACGGAUUGGACCUGAAUACCAGCCGGCAGUAUCUGUACCAGAUCCUGAGGGCUGCUGCCUUCUGCCACCAGCAAAAUAUCAUCCACCGUGACAUCAAACCGGAGAACAUACUUAUUUCUCAGGGGGGCGUGGUUAAGCUGUGUGACUUUGGCUUUGCCCGGACCAUGACAUCGCCCGCUGAGGGGGGGGUCUACACUGACUAUGUGGCCACUCGCUGGUACAGAGCCCCUGAACUGCUGGUGGGAGACACCAAGUAUAGCAAACCAGUAGAUGUGUGGGCUGUUGGUUGUCUGUUAAUAGAGAUGUUAACAGGUCAGCCUCUGUUUCCCGGAGACUCCGACCUUGACCAGAUAUACCACAUCGUCAGGUGCUUCGGCAACCUAACAGCUCAUCACCAGGAGUUGUUCUACAGGAAUCCCGUCUUUUCUGGAGUCAGACUGCCAGAAUAUUUUGGCAGAGUCCGACUGGAGCAGCGCUUCCCUACAAUCACACCCACAGCACUGGACCUGGCACAGAGCUGUCUCCAGAUGGAUCCAGAAAGACGAGCUCAGUGUUCAGAACUGCUAGAACAUCCUCUGUUCACGCAAGACUCUUUCCACAUUAGGGUUUUGGACGAGCUGAAUGCCAAAAUCCAAAAGGACCACAGAGAAAACUCUACCCUUCCUAAAAUAGCAAAAAACCCAAGACGAGAAAAGGAUGAAGGGGAUGAGAAGAACUGGAGAGGCAAAUACAAGAAACAAUCUGAAGACAUAGAUGUGAAAGUCAGCAAAGAAAAGGUGCGGAAGGGAGAAGAGAAGGUGGAGAAAACAAAAGGAAAGCAAUCUUCAAAGCCAUCUAAAACCAUUAGAAAUACCUCAGAACCUUUCAUGUCCACCAAACAAUCCAAAACAUUAGGCGUGAAGAUCAUCGAAAAUGCAGCAAAAACGACUGUGGCCAUGAAAAGUAAACUGGGGAAACCCACUGGUGCAGAGCUGAGAAAGGAAGCUGAUAUUUCGAGACCAACUAAGAUUGUAGCUUCUGAUUCAUCAGAAGGAGCAGAUCAGAAGGAAAAUUACACAGUGGUAGCAAAACCUAAACAUGAGAAAGCUGCUUCUCCAGAGCCAAGGCAAGACAAUUUGAAAGCUACAAAGAAUACAACCACGGACACAGUGCAAAGAGGGACCUCUGAAAGUUCAAAAGUCUUACCCUCAGAUCCCAGUCCAUCUAAGACUACCUCAAACUGUGGCUCAAAAAUGACCACAAGCAACACAUCUUUGUCCACCAGCCCUUCAAAGACUCUUAUUUCGGAGUUUUUAACGCGGUCCUCCACAGUUUUUAUUGAAGCCAGUCCUGACCACAGCCCUACAACGCUACCUAAAGGAACAUUAAAUUCAAAGUUAUCCAAAACUGACUCAUCUUCAGAUACUACUACUACCACAAAUCACCCCACAUUUGUACCCAACAAAGCUUUGAAGGUCCUUUCAACAGACAGGGAACUUAAAGAAUUAUUGAUUGCAACCAAAAAUCAGCAGGAUAGUUGCAGUAAUACUUCAAACAAGGACAUCAGUGAUGAUUAUGAGUCCAUGAAGAUGAGCCAAGCAACCAAAACAGCUGAAAACCACAUUGAGAUAUCUAAUGGUUCAAGUCGAUAUUACAAGGGGGAUCCUGACUCUUCCGAGCCGUCCAGAGUCCAUCAGCAGAGCACUUCCAAAUCCAAGAUCACAACUGAAUCCAGAACAUCUUUAACCUCCAUACCAAAUGAAAUCCCUAUUACCAACACGUCACUAUGGACCACUAUACCCAAAACACUGAACGUCUCAGACAAAGAGAACAGAGAGGAUUUAGCAUUUUCUGUGUCCAUCAGUGCAACAACCAAGUCUUUUGUAAAUCAAAUCUCCAAGGUUUCUAGAAACUCAACUACUGAGCAGAAGAACGACAGCAGUGAAGGUGAACCAAACACAACAUCCUUAAAACUCCUUCGCUCCAAAUCUUUCAUCGGAGAACCUAACACAAAGCUUGGUUCGUUAAACAACCACACAAAGUCCACCGCAACAAUGGCCCUGAAGAGUACAGAAGCAGGGAAGAAAAGAGACGAUUCAGUAAGGAAUGACACAACAAAUAUAAACACAAUCUCAGAUUCUACUUCCUUUACCUCUACAGUGACUACGGACCAAAGAGCUUUGACAAGAAGCUCCGUCUUUCACAACGUGGACAGCGCAGAUGUUGAUACAUUUGAUUUCAGUGUAUCCCAUUCCUCUCCAGUACCUCCUGCUCCUCUUCCUCCAUCCUCCACACCCCUCAUCCCCUCCUUUUCUUUCAUCAGUACCAACAGCCCAGUCUCCAGUGAUCGCCUUACCCUGGGGGCGGGUUUCCAUCCUGGGACCAACAGCUUUAGGUGUGUAGAGAAGCCAAGGCAUCAUGGUGGCAUUUAUAGUCGAAUGACCCAGAAAUCUCUGUCCAGUCACAUCACAGGAUCACUCACUGCACAGGUGCCUGAGAAAAGUCUGAUUUGCGAGCGCUCCUUCCUGUCUGACCGCUUUGGUAACAACAUUACAGCGACAAGGAAGAAGUCAGACAUCCAUUUCCCAGAUUUAAGAAGCUCGACGCUGCCAGAGCUCAGAGGAAGAGAAAGCAAACACAACAAAGGUGCUUCGAAGGAUCAGAGGAAAGACAAACACCCAGAUUUCUCCAAUCCAACGUCAGAAUCAGCCGAGUAGGACAGUGCUGAUGCAUAAACACUGUAGGAAAAAAUUAUUCCCCUUUUCUUUAAUAUUAUGGAAUUUUAACAUGUUGAUCUCAUUUCUACUUUCAACAUGAGACAAGUCUGACUUGAAUGCUGUCAGAUUUAACGUAAAGCCUUCAGCAGUCAGUGUCAUCUCUGUAUUUUCAAUGUUCACUCAUGCCAACUGUUGAAUAAAGUUAUUUCCUGUAGUAGAA